GUUUGCGGGCACCGUUGGCAGAGGGUGGAGGGACUCAUGUGGUGUCAAUGGCGUCGCGGACGCGCCUCGACAGAGGCACGCGAAACCGGUGGGUGGACUUGCAGGUGCGUUUUUCGAGUGUCCGACCGCACAGUUCUGGCGCCGUGCUGCUGUCCCGCGCGGCGGUGCUUUUGACUAUGGGAAACGUUGCGGCUUGAGGUGGAAAUUGCUUCCCAGUGGCCCGGCCCGUGAGCAGGUGGGUGGAGGUUGUUAAAUGUUAAGUUUGGUUCCGCAUGGCUGGGUGUGCCGCCACUUGAGGCCAAAGGCGCAUGUGUCGUGGUCCUUUUUUGCGUUUCUCUUGUUUGCGCCCGUAUACGUUGUGAAACUGUUGCCAUGGAAGGGUGGUCAAAAUUUCGUGGGCACUCGCUUUUUUGUUGCUCUCUUAUGAUGUUUUGGAUCAGCUCCAUAAGUUGUGUGCUUGGAGUUGUUCAAUGCUUCGUCAGUAUGGUUCAUGGGAGGCCAAGGAGGGCUCAUCACAGGGGCUGUGCAGCGACUCCUUGAGGGUCCGCAAAGAUCUGCGCCGCAAACCCCGCCGAUCAAAUUGUUCGCAGAGCCGACAGCAGAUUCACAUCCGCAAGAUGAUGUUCAAGGUGAAAAGAGGAAUGUGGCGACUUGGGAAUUGAUGCAGGAAUUGGAAGAUUUGACUGUGCAGGCCGGCCCAUCUUUAGGGAUUCUCAAAGAGCAAGCUUUGGGCUCCCAGAUCGAUGGUCAUGUGCUGGAAGCUCCGGAGGUCUUGAGGCUCAGGCUUGAUGCCAUCAAAUGGAUAAGCAGCCAAUUUGUUGCCUUCGGCUUUCGCGAUGAGUGGCUGGCAGAUGUCAUUCUCUAUAUGGACCGGUUGGCGGUGCAAAUGCACCAGAGUCCCAACUUUAUUCCAUUGGGCUUGGUGCCAAAUAGCAGCAGUGCAGAGGUCCAAGCGGCCGUGGAGACCAUGGGCAGCCACCACCUGUGGCUUGCAGCGAUCAUGAUCGCCUUGAAGAUGUCAGAAGCGGAAUCUGAACUGGACACCAGCAUUAAAGACCUCGUCGUGCCGCUUGUGCCCUUUGACGCGAAUGGGCUGAAGUGCAGUCGGCAAAAGUGGAAAAAGAUCCAGCUGACUGAGCUUUUUGUAGUUCGUGAACUGGACAGCCGCCUCAUGGUGCCCACAGCACUGCAUUUUGUGCAACACCUGGGGCGUGAGCUGCAACUGGUGGCGGCCAGAGAGCAGGCUGAUUGGCCUGGCCUUCAGCUCCUGCAGCUUCCCAAGCUCUUGGGUCCGUCUUUGCCAAGCAAAGAGCUGGAGGAUCAGCGGCUGAAGACAGCAAAAGAGAAUGCUAUGCCAGAGCGGUUGCUCACAAAAAUGCAGGCCUUGGCACGCUAUUUGGCUGACUUGGCAGUGGUCCACAAGCCCAGCGAUGUCUAUGGGGACAAGCUCUCUCCAGCUGUACUUGCCGUGAUAGUUUUGAGGUUGUCUCUCCAUGCUUGGGGUGCAGCACCGACGGGAUGCGAGGCACGACUGGAUCAGUUGCAGGAGGAGCUGGACAUGCCGCAAGCCUCCAAAGACGAACAGGAACGGCUGCUGGCCGGAGUUUAUCGCCUUUGGAUGCGGGCGCCAAUGCCGUCUCCAGUUGUUGCGCGUUGGCAGAAGCGGGACCUCUUUGACAAGUUGCCUGGAGCCCCGACCCAGGAAGCUUUGCCACCGGAACUCCAGGAGAGCUGUUUCUUCAAUACCCCGUACAAGAAGAAGCAGGAGCCAAAAGAUCUCUCGGCCACACCUGGUGCAGCCCCUGAGCAGGAGCCAGGGCCAAAUGGUGUGGAGGAGGAGUGCAAUGAAGACAUGCUGACAGGCCAACAGCCUUUGUGUCGCGAGUUGGCUCUGGACAAGGUCGACGAGCCAGAAGCGAGUGAACUUGAGGUGAAGAUGGACCUUGAGGAUGUCGCUGUCACGACCCAACCUGCGGAUGAGUUCAAUGCCAGAACGGAGGUGACAAAUUGUGAGGGCCACAGUGUGGAGCAACUAGCGGAGAGCUGCCAGAUGGUCGAGGUUCACAUGGAACUUGUGCAGGAGGCAGAGUCGAUGGAUGUCGAUGAGGAGCUGCUGAUAGACACUCAGGACACUGUUGCUGAAAUCGUUAAGUCCAAACCGGAGGAACCAAUAAGUUCCUCAGAAGGAGAACCUCAAAAAGUCGCGGACUUCAGAGCAGCCAAGGCAGCCAGGAUUGAAGCGCUGCAGCCAGAUCCCAAAGCUUCUGCCAUGGCGGCCUUCCGCCAGAAGUUGCUGCCAAGGAGGUCAGCUUCAGGUGAGCCAGGCACAGUUCCUGAAGAAUGCCGAAGCUCCUUGCGUGCACUACAGCCGGUGCACAAUGGGUGCUCAGGCGCUGUAGAGGCAGGCGUGCCGAGGGUGUCCGCAGCACCGAAGAAGGCGAGCAAGAGAGGCAACCGUGCAAUCGCAGGUUUGCAGGACCACUUACCGCCUGGCCGGCCUAAGGGUGCUAGCAAGGCAGCGGAGCGGGUGCAUGCUACAGGUGUGGAUCGUGCACUCAGGUCUGCCUCGAAUAGCACCUUUACAGCCAGAACAGCCAGCUCCGACGGGAUGGACAGAAGCUCGCGAUCCCUCUCAAGCUCUGUGCCUGUCGUGCAUGUAGGUUCCCGCAAAAGAACGGGCACUGCGGGUGUCAGGGGCAACGCCUCCAAAAAGAAGCAAAGGAAGCAACAGCAGGCAAGCUUGCAUUCUCCCCGCCCGCGGACGCCAUACCCACGAGCAGCUAGGUACGCCGAAGCAAGGAAUCCAAAGCAACCAUUUGCGUAUCAAGCUGCGGAGAAGGAGAACUGCCCUGCGCGGCGCAAUCACAUGGAGACUAGGCUCCAGGCGAAGCAGAAACGGCGCUGCUUCGAAGAGGCGCUGACUGGUGUGGACGUCAAGGAGAUUCAAGGCGCGCUGCGAGCACUUCGUGGGACACAACAUUACAAAGAGGAUUUGGAAAGGGCUGAAGCACGCAUCCGAGUCUUGAACAGCUCCAAGGAGUUUCAGGUUCCACAUCUCGAUGAUGAGGAGGUUCAGCAGCUUGAGGAGCAAUGCCAGAAAGAGAAUCAAACGGGCCUUGUGCAAUGCAUGAUGACUGUGGCCUGGAAUCGGCCUCAAAAGAGUAGAUGGUGUUGGUCACCCAAAACCUGAUUGAACCCAGAGAGUGAGCAAGUGGGAGAGGCCUCUAAUUGGGCAGCUUGAAGCACGGCGUUUUUUUGAAACGCUGGCCCGCACUCCUAGAGUUCUAGCAGAUUCUUGCAACACCCCCCAACGUGUGGCUGGUUUCACAACUCCGGUGCUUCACUUGGGGGGAGGAUGGAGGCUCGUGAGGCGGAUGCCCUUGCAGAAAAC